UCUCACAAACGUUCGAAAAAUUAAAUUUAACAAAACAAAAAUGGCUACAAAAUUAUCAAAUAAUAUUGAAAACGCUUCUUCUAUUGGAUCUUCAUCACGUGAUCAUCAUCAUAAUCAUAAUCAUCAUCCUCAUAAUCAACAACAACAACAACCAACACAAAUAGCUGAUGUUGAUCUUCGUCAUCAUAAAUUAUUACAAAAUUUUGUUACAAUUUUAAAAAUAAAUAAUGUACUUGAAGAAUAUCGAUUGAUUGUAAGACAAAUACAGCAACAAUGUUGUUGUAAACGAACUAGACAAACAUGGGAACGUUUAAAUAUUCUUGAAACAAAAUAUAAAGAGCUUAAUUCUGAUUCGAAUGUUGUUUCAUUGAAUCAACAACAACAACAACAACAACAAUCACAACGUGCAACAUCAUCAUUACCAUUGAAUUCAAUUCGUCGAACAUCAAAUACUCAACAAAUAAAUAGAUACCACAAAUAA